AUGCAAACGAAGCUACUUUCAACCCUUGGACUUCUCCUCCCAUUUCUCUCAGGUGUGGUACAAGCAAAUGUGGAAAAAACCAUCUUCCUAGCACCAGCACCAGCAACCAUUCCCUCUGAGCAGCCAGCUCUCGACGACCUCGGCCUCGAAAGACUAUCACCAGAGAGCCCCGUCGUACGCACUUGGCUAAAUGCCUCAUUCCCAACGACCGCCGCACCGGAGGGCACAGAAUCAUGGUUUUUCCUGGAGAACCUGAAUCCAGGCCAACGGUAUGAAGUACGCGUCUGCUGGCUAGCAACGCAACCAACCUCCUUCACCCUAACCACAUAUCCUCUCUCAAAAGCAAUCGAAGAUACAUCCCUUUUUUCUUCGCUGAGUGUCUACACAGCCGCUCGUCUAGCAACACUAGACACUGAGCUUCAAGCAAAUUCAGUAUCCCGGCACGCCAGUUUAGGCAAAUCCAAAGACCGGCUUGAUCCCGCACCGGCCAGCGACUCGGUCUUGUUCCUGCGCGUCCAUGCCGCGGCGGAUUAUUUCAGCACUGAUCAGGCAUUGAUGCGAAAUGUCCCGCCCGUUGCGGUGGAUUUGAUUUUAGACCCUUUCUUGUUUAAUGUUUUCCCGCGGUCGUUGUUGCCGACUGCUGGGUAUAUCGUGGUGGUUGCUAUUCUUGCGGUUUUCCUUGGGAGGUGGAUUGUUGGUGAGGUAGGUAGGGUCAUUGAUGAUGCUAGGCGGCAGCGGAGUUUGGAAGAGUUGAUGAAGAAGAAGUAG